AUGCGUCAAUUAUUCAGUAUUCCAGACGACAGAGAAACCAAGUUGUGUUGCCAAUAUAUAAGCAACAGGUUUGAGCCUUUGAACAAACCGGAUUGCACUGUUCAGGAUGCUGGACUCUUUCAGGGACAGAAACAGUUGAAGGAAACACAGAGAAAAUUCAAGCAGAGAAUCCAGAAUAGAGAUAAAGAAGUUCAGGAGCUGAAAGAGGCUGUGAAGUCAUAUAAGCGCUCGGCACAGAAAGCAGUGGAGGACAGUGAGAGGAUCUUUACUGAGCUGAUACGCUCCAUUGAGAGAAGCCGAUCUGAGGUGACACAGCUGAUCAGAGAUCAGGAAAAGGCUGCAGUUUGUCAAACUGAAGGACUCUUGGAGCAACUGGAGCAGGAGAUUUCUGAUCUGAGGAGGAGAGACACUGAGCUAGAGCAGCUGUCACACACACAGAUGAUCACAUCCAUUUCCUCCAGCGGGCUCCUCCACCUCCUGGCAAACCGCUUCAGUACCACCGUACCAUACCCCCUCGGCGUCGCGACCCUCCAACAGCGGCGAGGGCUCUCCGACAGCGCAUCCCUCCUCCUUCCCGGGUUUUGGCACCAAAGUAACAUAUUCACAGGAUGGGCAAGGAGGAGGUGGGAACCAGCUGAACAAUCAACAUAAACUUUAAUGACACUGUAAGGGGGUUACAGGGAAAGGAGUAGGCGAGAACCGGCUUGACAACUUUAAUAAUAGUUUAAUGAACAGCUUAACCAAAAACACACAAACAUAAACACAUGCAGGGCAGCUGCCUGUAAUUCUCUCUCUCUCUCGAACUGUCGUCCCCGGCCGCAUCAGGCUGAUUGGGGACCAGGCAUGCGUCAUUCCAGCCCGGCCCCGCCCUCCUCGGCUCACAAAGACACAAAGGAACUUGAACAUAACAUAAACUGCUUUCCAACAUAAACAAAACAAAGAUGCACACACACAACACGUGCAUCUCUCUCGAACUGGUGUCCCAGCCGCUCCUUAUCUCUCUCCCGCUGAUUAGUCAACUCAGCGCCAGGCGUGCAUCAUCAAGGCCCGGCCACUCCCUCCUCCUCAUCAUCACCUUAAGCACCAUGAAUAGUUCUAUCAUUACACAUCUGUUAGUGAACUGUUAGAUAUUUUAACUGGACAUUCAUUUUUGUUAGCGAACGUGGAAAUACACUGUUUUCUUAUUAUUGGUUCCAAUGGUGCAUGUUCAGUUACAGACUCAAGUCUAAAUAUUCAUGUUCCCAGAACUCAGUUGGUAGGUUAUCGAUUGCUAGAAAAUUUAUUUUUGGAUAUAAUCUGAGCUUUCACUUACUAUUUUAGAUAAAAAUUAGUUUCAUGACUAGGGUCCUGUUGUUGAGUGGACAGUUCGGUUUUGAGACGCAUUUUCCGGGUCCAACACAUAAAUUCAGAAUUAGUCAGAAUCAGCUUUUACUCGCGCUUUCAUGUAUAUGGAAAUCUUACAACCGUAUAUGGCUGGUGAAGUCUACUUUUUAAAGCCACAUGACAUUGUGUGUGUGUAUGAAUGGCUUUGUUUAAUAGGGUAAUCACAGAGUCAGUGCGAAGAAGGCAUAGUAUUCACUACACUUCAAACUAAAAAACAAUAGUGUUAUUUACACAAAUCUAUGCUUUUGGACUACUUUCAUAGUUUAUUGGUCUUUCCAGAAUAUCUUUGGCAGCAUAUGCUUCACACAAUUCCUGAGUGGUGGUGUUACAGAUGAGCAGACGGACAGCUGAGGUAAAUUAGUUGACACUCUUCAAAACAUAAUGGCGGGAUAUACACGGCUUUGAUGGACACUUCUCAAGGCCAAUGGAGAUACUUGUUAAACAGAUAGCCUGAUUAAACAUCUUUUCAUUGGUCAUUUCAAUGCACAGUUCAAAAAGUAGAAAGAGGUCAUUCUGCGCAUGGUAAUUAUGGCAAAAACUCAAAAUUGCCAAAAGUGGAGAUAAGUGUUUUUCAUCGGACAGUGACAAAAUUAAUCAAUUUCUUGUUGUAGAUGUUUGUUGCUUAAAGUCUGCGAUCUCCGCUCUUGACUGAGACUGAAGAGAGUACUACCGGUUCACACACCUUUAAAUUUCACGAGAUCAAAGGAAAUGCUGCAUUGAUGUGGAGACGUAUUUGUUCCCAUGCUUCCUUUUUCACUUUAACGGUGAUGCCACCUCCAAAUUUCCCUUUUAAUAAUGUGUUUUCGUAUAAGUUGCGUAAGAAGCAACAAUCUCCCUUUGUCUUUUCUUUGGUGUGGGUUCUGUAUUAUCCAAAGCUAUUUUAUGCUUGUACUCUUUUAAAAGCCGAUUUAUAAAUAAAUAAAUAUAAUAAUAUACACUUCCCGCUGUCUGUCUAUAAUAAAUUUGCCUCCAAAUAGCAGUUCCCUGUCUACCAAUCACUUUGGGUGAUUUAAAGGGUUUGUUCACCCAAAAAUGAAAAUCCUCUCAUGAUUUACUUACCUUUAUGGCAUCCCAGACUUUAUGACUUUCCUUCUUCAGCAGAACUGAAGUGAAGAUUUUUAUAGGCAGAUUUUCAGUUUGUCCAUACAAUGCAUGUAAAUGGGUGCCAUCAGCCUGCUGGCUGUUUGAUGGUCCAAAUGACAUAUUUAGGCAGCAUAAGAGUAAUCCACACGACUUCAGUCGAUCAAUUAAUGUCUUCUGAAGCAAACCAAUAGGUUGGUGUAAGAAACAAAUCAAUAAGGAAGAAGGAAAGACAUACACAUCUGGGAUGGCUUAAAUGUAAGUAAAUCAUGAGAGGAUUUUAAUUUUUGGUUAAACUAUGUUAUCCAUGGCAGUCAGGUCAACUCCGCCUUUACUCUUAUCUUAAGAUUUUCUUAAUGUUACUUGCUCAGCAGUUUUGUGAACAGGGUUCCCACUCUUUUUAAGGCACAAUUUUCAGGACAUUUUAUGAGCCCAACCUCUGUAAUAUUUAAGCCAAAACACAUGAUUUAUCAACAGUUUUCAACAGUUUAAUUACAUUUUAUUGUCAAAAUGGUGUCUUUUCAAAUGUCUGUUCAAAUUAAUUAAUUGAAACUGGAUUGUGGUUUCGUAGGGGGCUAAAGCGCAGAACUGGUCAGCAGCCGGUUCAACCCCCACAGCCACCACCAUUGUGUCCUUGAGGAAGGCACUUAACUCCAGGUUGCUCUGGGGGUAUUGUCCCUGUAAUAAUUGCACUGUAAGUCAUUUUGGAUAAAAGCAUCUGCCAAAUGCAUAAAUGUAAAUCAAAUGAAAAUAGAAUUAAUUAAAAAAUGUUAA